CUUCAGUUAUAGGCGCGUACCCGGGCAGCGACCACUUAGUCGAAGCGUUUAGCCAAAUUAAGUUAGUCAAAGGAAGCAACCAAGAAAUAAAAGAAAAAUGUACUACAAUCAAGGCUACCAAAUGGACGUGAUCGAUCCGUACUAUCCACCGGAAAUCAUCGAAGUGAUGCAGCCCCCGCCGCCGGUGGAGGUGAUAAUGCCCUCACCAAUGUACUCGCAGCCCGUUGUGGUGGUGGAGCAGCCCCAAUACGGCCCGACGGCCACAGGACCCUCCCAAGGCGAAAUGGAAUGCUGCCUGAUGCUAGGUGCCUGCUGCGUCAUGGAGGAGUGCGGCAUGUGUGUCAUCUCGUAGCGCGGCAAAUAUGGAAUAAAUGUGUAUGGAAUAUGUGGAAUAAGAAGCCUGUAAACUGAAUAAUAAAUCUAGACUGAAACCGAA